AAAAGUGGAAAAACAAGAGAUGCAGAGGCAUCGGGGCAUCACCGGAGUCAUCAUCACCGUCUAUGUUGAAUCAUCCAGGGUCCGAUCCCUCCGUCCCAUCCAGAAAACAAAGCAAAUUAGGAGCCAUGCCGGUGAUCGCCAGGCUCAGAUCCUGGCUUAUGCUCAAGAGUUGAGAAGAGGGCGAGACGGCGGACAGAAGUGUUCUAGUCCCCAGGCCAAGAAGUGGAAAUGGGCAACAGCGCCACUCAGACUUAAAAUGCCAUGGACAUGGAAGUACCAACGUCUGGCCUGUGAUUCCGAGGCGGAUAAAGGCAUCAAUCAGAGGAGGAGAAAGAGGUCAGGAAGAAACCAUAAUAAAUUCUGGAGAAAAUUGAAGCGUAUGUUGAGAAGACUAACGCAUGGUUGGCAAUGCUACAAGAAUUGAUGGAUCAGUUGAUUGUUUAAUCUUGAACUCUAUCAGGAUCGAUGUAUUGAGGCACCACCGUGACCUCUUUGUAGGCAAGAAUGUACUUGUCUUUUGAGAUAUGUGAUUUGCUAAUCUAGACUGUGUCACUGAAAAUCCAUAUUCUAAUGUUAAUAAGUAUUAAGUUCGAAU